GUUGACAUGUGCCAGGUUGAGUUCCAGGUCGAUACUGCUUUGUUGAUUUUCAGCCUUCAGUUUGGAGUAGUAAAAGAUCGAACUAAGCCUCUUCUCGCCUCCAUUCAUGGUCUUCCUUUGUUAAGGAAGCAGUGGUAAUAGGUUUCUCAACAUUAUACGACUUAAAUCGGUAGUCUUCUACUCCGGCUCCAGUCUUUCAUACUUAGCCAGAAUGAAUGAAAUUGCCGUUCGGACGCAUCAAGGGGAAUAUUACGCAGGGGAUACAGUCUAUGGAAUGAUCUAUCUUAAAGUGGUCACUGCAGACUUCAGUGACAAAAUACAGUUGCAGAUAUCAGGCAUUGAACAGUGUGACUAUACACCUGUGGAUGGUGAUGACUGGUCCAUCAACCACUCCAAUGACUGCUUGCGGAAUCCGUACACCGACAAAGUCAUGGCUAAUCCCGUGGAGGUUCUGGCCCUAAAAGAACCACUUCCUGUUGGCAACUACAAAUUUCCUUUCCACUACAAACUGAAACCGAAUCUUCCUUCAACGACCUCCAUUUCCUCACCGAGGGGCAACUGGCAUGGCAGUGUCAUCUACAGGGUCACGGCCCUGGCCUCCAACAAGCUCAGUGACACGCAGACCUUCGUCUGUCUGGGGAAGAGGACGAACAACGCCGUAAAAGUUGCCUAUCUCGACGAAAAGAUAAUCAAGACCUGUUUUUGUUACGACCGAGGGGGUCUGUCACUCAUGGCAGAGCUGGAUAAAUUGGCCUAUACAAUUGGAGAAACGAUACAGCUCAGUGUUAACGUGAACAACAAGUCGUCUGAGCUUGCCAAGUCAGUGAAAUGUUGGCUCAAGAGAACAGUCUGGAUGUAUGGCUGUUGGAUGAACAAAGAGCUUGCCAAGGAAGAUCCACAGUCCUCCUUGAUUUACGCCACCUACCGGGGAGCCGACCGAGUCCGACUUCAGGAUGAAGUGUCUAUAGAUGCCGAAGAAAUUGGCUUCAAGAACCUAGGUUCAGUUAAACCAAAGGAGAACUGCGAAUGGACUUGUAGCAUUCACCUUUCUGAUUCAGAUGGUGUGCUUUUGCCUCCCUCCACCACGGGGAAUUAUUUAAGGGUUGCCUACUUUAUCCAAGUUCACGUGUCUGUGCCAAGAGCCAGCGAUCUCAUUGUCACAGUUCCUGUUAGUCACGUGCUACCUUCCAGGAAUUCAGAGUGGCUGGAAUGGAGGCCCGAGAAAUGGAUGGAGAAUUGUCAGAUGUUGCAGAGGCAUGACAAACUGGCCGUGAGUAGGUCCAUCUUAGAGUCACCUGUCUACGAAGGCUUGCUUUGAAAGUGCAUCCAUGAUGGAAACAUUACCAUGAAAAGAAGACCAAAGCUUCACUCUACUUGUCAGGUGUUUCAUUCUGUUGGUCUCUUGUGCCUGGAAAAGGUGGGGUCUUUUUUCCACAAACCCAGAGCCUGCUCAAGUGUUUCUUACAGCUAUGUCAAAUUUCAGGACUCAGUGAAUCAUCCAUGGAGAGAACUACAUCUUUUUAAAGUAAGACUCAAAGAUGGGAUUUCAAGCUAUUCAUGGUGACAGACGACUAAGAUGGAAAGCUUGAGGUAAGCACCAUGCAAUCGUGGUCU